UACCCACUUAUAAAAAAUAAAUAAAAAAAAACAGUCAACACAAUUUCUUUGUUUUCUAUGGGCGAGCGAGUGGAUCUGUCGGUGACCAGUUAUUAACUGCCUUUUGUGAUACUUAUCAAAGCGAAUACAAGUUGUUAUAUUAAGGAACCAGUUAUUAUUGAUGUCAGACACUUCCUAUGAAACUUUUAAUUGACUGAAUGAGUUUACUUUCUUCACACAGAUAUAAACAAACAAAAGAUAAAGAUUUAGAGAGAAUUUCAAUGUAUCUACUCCGAAAGAAAAUAUAAUUAUUGCGGCUGCAAAUCAGAAUGACCUCACCUCCACCGACAACUCAUUUACUUCUUUUUCAGUUCGUUUGCAUUUCACUGCAAGGGUGAAAGUAACACCCUUACAAAUCACUUCACUAAAUCGGGAAGAGCUAAAACAUGCACGCCACUCACGGUCAGCUAGUGAAUGUGGUGAAGUGUUGUCACGGACUCAGGACAGGAGCGUACCUAUUAUUCAGAGACAGCCAUAAAGUUCUUGCCACUCACCGAUGGUGCGACGCAGUGACUGACUGUUGAUAGUGUCAUGGUGAUACUAUAGAUACACCCCUCAGGGCAGAUGCCGCAUCUCUCCACCACGUCAUCUGAGAGGACCCUCAGUACUGGGAACACCCUGACCAGUUCAGGCUGGAGCAUUUCCUGGACGAGCAGGGCAACUUUGCGUCCCAGAAAGAAGGUUUCCUGCCCUUCGGCACAGGACGCCGGAGCUGCCUGGGCGAAUCUCUGACCAGGAUGGAACUGUUCCUUUUCUCCUCUGCUCUGCUCCAGAACUUCACGUUUUCUGCUCCCGAGGGCUGUGAGGUGAACCUUGAAGAAGACCCCAGAUUGCCAUCAAUACGACUGGCCCCUGACCAAAACAUUGUCAUCACGCCAAGGACGAAAAAGGACUGAUUGAGGCCUUUCAUGUUGUGGAUUCCCUUCGAAGAUCGAAUUGUCACCAUGUGGCUCGAGCUGUUCAUUUUCGCCCUGCUGGUGCUGCUUCUGCGGUACUACUUCACCAGGCCGUCGGGCAUGCCUCCAGGACCGAUGGUGAUUCCUUACCUAGGGAAUUUGUCACUCCUGAAGAUUUCCAUGAUCGAGACUUUAAGGAAGAAAUACGGCGACAUAUUCAAGACUGAAUUGGGAGCUAACAAAUUUAUUUUCCUGUGCAACUAUAAGCUCAUCAAGGAAGCCAUGUCAAGGGCUGAGCUGUCGGAUCGUCCCAAAAUUGAUUUGGGUUUGAUAAUAUCUGAUGGAGUUCCAGCAGGUGUCAUCAUGACCAACGGGAAACACUGGCAAAAUGCUCGACGGUUUCUGCUGCGUAACCUGCGGGAUCUCGGGAUGGGCAAGACCUACCUAGAGGACGCCAUUCAGCGAGAGGCGCAGUUGCUGGUGGAGGAUUUCAAGACACUCUCUGGGUCUCCUACCCUCUUUCCCAAAUCUCUCAAUGUCGCCGUCCUUAAUGUAGUGUGGCAGAUGGUUGCAAGCACCAGAUACGACAUGGACGACGAAAGAGUUCUGUCUUUCAUCAAUAUAAUACGGUCAUUGGAUGCUACGUUUAUAGUGGUAAUUCUUGAGUUCUUCCCGAUCAUCAAAACAAUCAUACCAGACUUCAUAAAGAAGAGAUUAGCGAUAUACAAGACAACGGCGAAGAUGAGAAAAGAAGCAAAUGCACUCGUACAGGACUUGAAAGCAACACACCGCGCCAAGCUGGACCCUGACAACCCAAGAGACGUGAUCGACGAGUACCUCAUCGCCAUGGACAAUAAGAGUGACAUUGCUGAAUACUUUAGUGAAUUGGACUUAGUGUCUGUAACCUUCGACUUGUUUAAUGCCGGGUUCGACACCACCUCCAAUAUGCUGCGCUGGAUCAUCCUCUACAUGAUCAAAUACCCCGAAGUGCAGCGGCGCGUCCAGGAGCAGAUUGACGAGGUGGUGCCCCGCGACGCCUUGCCCUCCUACCACCACAAACCCAACCUGCCUCUGGUGGAGGCCAUGAUACACGAAGCUCUGCGCGUUUCUUCUAUGGCAGCCCUAGGUGUGGAACGCUCCCCAAACAGAGACAUUGAAGUAGGGGGCUACCUCAUCCCCAAGGGAAGCUUUGUGUUCGCGGCGGCCAUCUGUUGCCACCACGACCCUCAGUACUGGGAACAUCCUGACCAGUUCAGACUGGAGCACUUCCUGGACGAGCAGGGCAACUUUGCGUCCCAUAAAGAAGGUUUCCUGCCCUUCGGCACAGGACGCAGGAGCUGCCUGGGUGAAUCUCUGGCCAGGAUGGAGCUGUUCCUCUUCUCUUCCGCUCUGUUUCAGAACUUCACCUUUUCUGCCCCAGAGGGUUGCGAGGUGAACCUCAAGGAAAACUCUAGAUUGCCUACAAUACGCAUGUCCAUCGACCAAAACAUUGUCAUCACGCCAAGGAUGAAUGAGAGCUGAUUGAGGGCACUCCUGUGCACUCUCUUAGGGGCUCGAGUAGGAGGCGCCUCUGUACCUCUGCUCUGCCACCAAUUUCGUAAUCAAUCAAUUCAUCAUAAUAAUUUCGUAAUUUCGUAAUAUAUUGAAAACCACCUUUGUUUGAAAUAAUUCUGUCAAGAUUAGAGUAACUACAGACAAAGAAUUCCAAUAACUGUGUUGCAAUGCACUCCUGAUUUUAGAAGGUCCUCAAUGUUUUUGUUUUUUUCUUCUUAGUAAAGAAUAGAUGCACAUGCUAGAAAAUUGUACAAAAUAGACGAGAUAAGUAGUAUUAUGUAGAAUGUUGUCAUAGGUAUGCAUCUUAUUCAGCAUGUGUGUUUAAUUUUUCGUCGUCGAUGUGAGAUGGUUUUCAGUGAUCAACACAAAGUUGUUUUCGCUGAAGAAGAGCAAAGUGCUGAAAGCAAAGGACUGGUUUUUAGUAUUUUAUUUAAGCACGAACCAGGCACAUCCUUUAAAAAUACCCUCGUGAAUCGGCAUAUUCUUCCCUCUCUCUCUCUCUCUCUCUCUCUCUCUCUCUCUCUCUCUCUCUCUCUCUCUCUCUCUCUCUCUCUCUCUCUCUC